AUGACUUCUGGAAUUCAAUAUCAAAUCAUCCCUCUGGCUGAUCGUGAGCACAACAAUAAAGUUGCAUCUCUUCUAGAAAACAAAUACAAAACCGCUAUUCAAAAACGGGUAACGCUGAACGAACGCUUCGGAGUUCUUGAAAAGGGAUACGCUCUUCAAGCUACGGAUCCAAUUGUGACCAAGAAAGGUGCAGAUGUCUUUUUCGUCGUUCAUGAUAAAAACUUGAUUUCAAAGAAAGAGUUUAUUGAGAACUACGUGGCCAAAAACCCCAACACCAGAGCGCACGAGGUCGAAGUUGAAGAAGACAAGGAAAACGCUCCCAGCAAAAAAUCCGCCCAAAAUACGACGAGUGUUGCUAAAAAAGAAAUCACAACCGACGAAUAUCUUCUUGAUAUCACCAAAUCUAUCCUAAAACCUAUCUAA